ACAAUACGCAUAAACUUCUGGUUUUGCUGCAGAUUCAACCAAAAGGUUAGCAUCUGUCAAAGCAAUGGAGGAAAUCUAUAUGAACGUUGAUCCUGUGAAAACGGUCUGCCAAAUUCCCGUUACAAAAAAUGAAGGUUCUGGCAGAUCCAAGAAGAGGCUCUAUGUGGGUGUUAUCAUCUCUCUGGGGAUCCUGAAUGUUUUCCUGCUGAUUGGACUCAUCAGCCUUGGUGUUUUCUCUCACGAUGUAGGCAGCCUGGCAGCCGAUCUCACCGACACCAAAGACAAGCUGACGGAUCGUCUCCAGGUCAGCAAUGACCGGCUUUCUGACAUGACCGAAGAAAGAGACCGUCUGAACGCAACCCUCACGGAAAUGUCUAACGAGAUGAGCAGGCUCCAGAGUUUGUUGAAGAAAAAGAAAACCUGUCCUGCAGGAUGGAGGAUGUUCAGCUGUUCUUGUUAUCUCCUCUCUGCAUCGUCUGGCUCCUGGGAUGAAGGCAGAGCGGACUGCAGGACCAGAGGAGGAGAUCUGGUGGUGAUAAAUAAUGAUGAUGAACAGACAUUUCUUUCUACGUUCACCAAUAAACAAACAUGGAUUGGUUUGAAUGAUAAAGAAACUGAGGGAUCCUGGAUGUGGGUCGAUGGCACUCCGCUGUCCCAGCUACUUACCAAAUACUGGGCGACCCCACAGCCUGAUAAUGGUGGUGGAGACCCACGGUGGGGGGAAGAGGACUGUGUGCAUAUCAGGACUUAUGAUAAUGUGUUAUGGAAUGACCUGAAAUGUUCUGCUUCUUUUCAGUGGGUCUGUGAAAAGGAUCCAAUCUAAUGUUGGGAGUGUGUUAGUACGGAGCCCCCUAGGGGACAUAGGGAAAAAUGUUUCUUUUGCGUUACCUGGCAAUAUGCUUACUGCAAUAUUUCCUGGUCUACUUUGUAUACAGUCACAAAUGUCGAUUUAAAAUUUCAAAUGUAUAAACAUUUGAGGAGCCUCAGUGAAAACCUGUUCAUUAUCAACCCUUUGGUGGAAAAAAAAAAAAACUGAUUGAAAAUCGAUUUAUUCACUGCGUGUUUAUGUCUGUUUGUGUCAGGUUUAGAUGGAAAUGCACGUGAAAACUUAAAACCAUUCAGACCAACACACACACACACACACACACACACGCACACACACACACACACACACAAAACACAAUCAAAACUGUCAGAUGACUUAAUAUCCCGUGAUAAUAGCUCAGAAAUAGUCCAAAUAGUUUGAACGUAUUAUUUUCUUUCUUUUCUACUUAUGGAAAGUUUCUGUUUAGGUUUGUGGUGCAUUUUUAUCGUAAAGUAAAAGAUACAAAACUUCAGAUAUGUCACAACGAGAUAUUAGCAUACACAGAAAAACCUUAUGUAACAGCAGAAAGUACGAUGCCCACCGUAAAAAAAGCUUACAAUAUUCAUUUGUGCCGCAUGAACUGAUCAGUACAUUAUUGCGAGGGAACGCAAAAGGGGAAAAAAAUCUCUGUAUGUUAGCUUUACAAUUGAGACUAAGUUUAGUUUGCUCUGCUGUAUGCUUGACCGCAUUGUUGUCUGUGACUGCCCUCUAGUGGUCUCUGUGAAUAUAAACAUGAAGGCCUGAUUGUAAUGACAGCAGUGUUGAAAAUCCAAAGGGUGGCGCUAAAAACAUCAAAUAAAGAAAUAAACAGCUCAGAACAGAAGAAAACAGAAGAAAAAAACCUACAAGACUUGUUUUAAGUAUGACAGUGAGAAGAGAUUAUGU